CAUACAAAAGGAUCAUAAUCCUCCACUCACCAAGAAAAAAAUUGACGACAUCAGAAACCGGUUACCUACGUGGGAAAUACUUAAAAGUUUCCACUACAGCUAAGAUAAGACGCUUAUAAUACAAUAAUCGUCACAAAAUAAAGCAAAGAUCUUUACCAAGCUGCACAGCGAGUUGGUUCUGCUAUCCUUAUCCUUAAAGUGCAGUCAUAGUAGUCUCACAAGCGAGUUGGAUUUGUGCUUGAAGCACUGCUAUGGUUGGUCUGGUCCCUUCCAGGGUACAAUACAACAUAAAGACAGAUUCAAUAGGACUGCAGGCCGAGAAAGGAAGAUCAAACGAGCUGAUAGAUGAAGAAAGUAGAGCUCAUAUUCAUUCCAACACCGGGAAUCGGCCACUUGGCCUCAACUAUUGAAUUUGCGAAGCGCCUGAUCCAUCACGAUGAUCGAAUUUGGAUUACUGUUCUUUCGAUGACGUGGUCUUCACGUGCUUUCGUGGAUGCAUACACCAAAUCGCUUGAUGCUUCGCGACCUGAUCGAAUCCAACUCAUUGACCUCCCUCAAGUAGAUCCUCCUUCCUUAGAUCUUCGGAAGUCGACAGAAAACUACAUCUCGUUCAUUGAGAGGUACAUCCCUCCUGUUAGAGAUGCUGUCAGAAAUAUUGUGUCACUGAGAUCUAGCUCGGAUUCGGGCCGAGUUGCAGGAUUAGUUCUUGAUUUCUUUUGCGCGCCCAUGAUUGAUAUUGCAACUGAAUUGGGUCUUCCUUCUUAUAUAUACUUAACAACAAAUACGGCGUUCCUGGGUCUCAUGCUGUACCUACCAACCCGGCAUAGCCAGAACAGCUCAGAAUUUGAAAUCACGGAUUCUGAACAGUUGAUCCCAGGAUUUGUCAAUCCUGUUCCCCUUUGUGUUCUGCCCUCAGCUGUGUUUAACAAGUAUGGAGGUUACAGCGCAUACGUCAAGGUUGCUGAAAGGUUUAAGGAUGCCAAAGGUAUCAUGGUAAAUACGUUUGAAGCGAUUGAGCCUUGUGCUCUUAACUAUUUUCUCAAUGGCCCAAACCCUCCAAUUUAUCCAGUUGGACCGGUAGUUGACCUCAAUCCUCUACCUCACCCUGAGUUGGACCUGGAUAAACGCAACAAGGUCAUGACAUGGCUUGAUGAUCAACCUCAUUCAUCAGUGAUAUUUCUUUGUUUUGGAAGCAUGGGGAGCUUCAGAGCACCCCAAGCCAAAGAAAUAGCACUUGGGCUAGAACAGAGUGGGUACAGAUUCUUAUGGUCCUUGCGUAUGCCACCACCAACACAAAAUGAUGCCACAUUAAUUUACAAGAAUCCCGAGGAAAUGUUACCAGAAGGAUUCCUGGAAAGGAUCCAAGGGAGAGGGAUGAUAUGUCAGUGGGCGCCGCAGGUGGAGGUUCUUGCCAGUAAGGCAAUAGGAGGGUUUGUAUCUCAUUGUGGUUGGAACUCAAUCCUGGAAAGCUUGUGGUUUGGUGUGCCAAUUGUAACAUGGCCAAUGUAUGCUGAACAACAGCUCAAUGCGUAUCUGAUGAAGGAACUCGGAUUAGCAGUAGUGAUGAGGUUGGAUUAUAGGAGAGGUACAAGUGAUCUUGUGAUGGCAGAUGAGAUAGAGAAAGCUAUUCAGCUGGUUAUGGAUGGUGAUAGUGAGGUGAGAAAGAAAGUGAAAGAAACGGCAGAGAUGGCUAGAAAGGCCGUUAUGAAAGGUGGAUCCUCUUUCAUUUCAAUUGGAAGAUUGAUAGAGGAUAUGAUAGGCAGCGACUGACAUUUUGGCCACUUAUGGUUCUACUGGUAUAGCAGUUUGUUCUCUAUUGUUUAAGAAAAGAGGGCUUAAAACUUACUAUUCUCCUCUUUAUAACUCAUUUUGUUUUGAAUCCCAAUGAGCAUCUGUAGCCAUUCCUGCUAAUCUGCUUAUGCUUGUUGAUUUAAGUACGAACUACUUUUCAAUUAUCUGA